AUGCGAGAGAUACUGAUUCGUUUGUCGUCCCUGGUGAUUUUUGCAUCGCCUUUGUUCUUCCUCUACGAGUUUGGAGACCUACAACUUGACCCAAAUAUCACCGCUGUGAAUCUGCCUACGCUCUUCGUGGCCGUCUGCUGCGGUGUGGGCUUGGCUGCAGGCGUUGAAUCUUCUCUGCGCCGCUUCGCUGAGCCAUUGCUGCCCCAGGCAAGCUUCGAUGCCUGCCAUUUCAAGCAGGACCUUGGGCUAAGCUAUGACGAAGGCAGACUGGUGCAUGAUCAUGUUUCAGAGUUGAAAUAUCUUGGGCUGAUCCUCUUUCUCUUCCGCUUCUUCAUAAACGUGAGGGCACUGUUUCAGAAUACUGUGGCGAUUUGCGCUGAAGACUUGCCCCAGACAGUUGGGAGCGUAGCGCGUGUAUUUGAAGCUGGAAUUUUUGUCGAACACAUAAGCAGAUUGCCCAACGAAUUUGUGAGCACCUUAUUCGGUGCCAGCCCUUGCCAAUGCCUUGGGACAGUGAAGACGCUGGCGGGAUUUUCUUCAAUGAGAUUUCUCAGGUUUCUGAACAAGCGCAACAUUCUGGGCCCGUUGCGGAAGAUAGCUGCAGAUCCAAACCUUUGUCAAGGCUGCUGGAUGGUGCUGUUGGGCAUGGCCUACAGCCUGGUCUUAGCCGCCUUCGGCUUGGCAGUCCUUCUCAGCAAGCUUCGCCGCCUGGGGGAUCUCAUCCGGAUCGAAGCCAUUGGAGUCACAGGGCUGUUUGCAGAAGCGUUGACUGCUGGAAGCUUUGGAGCUUUUCUGUCGUCGGAUCUGAUGCGGCUUGUGGGAUUUGCCAAUCAGGUAGCCUCUGCGAUGAAUAUCCAGGAGGAAGAGCUGCAAAGACUGCUGAGCUUCCUGUUGGGAGAUCGAAACUUGUGCGUGAGAGGUCACAAUGAUGGCAGGCCAAAGUUGCCAGUGGAAGCCAAAGAACGCUUCAUAGCGUUUGAAAGCAUUCUGAAGGCCGUCCAUGAUGGUCAGGAGGUGUUGCUUUCUUCAUACGAGCAGGACACAGAGAAGCUUGCCCUUUAUGAGUCCCAGCUGAACCAGCAAAAGGCUCUUUAUGAUCAGCUUUCUGCAGAGGCAUCUCAGCAGACAAAGGACUACGAGGAGCAGGCACAAAAGCUGCAGCAGAUGACAGAGGAGAAUCAGAACCUCAAUGAAACAGUGAGACGUUUGAAUGAAGAAGUGCAAGGCCUCAGGACCCAGAUUGCGCAGCUUCAACUGCUGACCACAGAACUCCAAGAUCAGGCGUCUCAAAAGCAGGAAAAGGUGCCUUCCCUCGCCCUGGCUGAUGCUCCGCCAAUUGAACCAGUGGAGGUUCCACAGGCCUCCGAGAGUUCCAGCCCCACUUCAGUGACAGACUUGCCACAAGAGGAGGCCAGCGAUCCGGAGAUCACCCAUGGGCAGGAGGAUCCUCCAGUGGAUGUCCUCUCCAGUGGCCCUUACACUGCGCACACUGCGCCCAGCGGCGCCCGGGGCGCUCCGGGCACUGCGGGCUCCACCACUGCAGACACUGCAGAUGAGGUCCCAGCCGUUCCGAGCGCGGCGCCGGCUCUGGCGAGGAGGUCCCGCAGCCGCAGCCGGCCGCUGAUGCGCGGAGAGCGACUGCGGAGCAUGUCUCCAGGGGAGCGUCCUGAGCGGACCCGCGAGGUCAAACGAACUGAUUCUCGGCGCCCAUUGGAACGCCAUACACCGGAGGAACGCCGGCGAGUAAGACACGUGAGGUCAGAGGGUCGCGAUGCGCAGAGGCGACGCGACCGUCGGGAAGCGCCUCAUUCGCGUGCACGGCUGCCCCCGCCUCCUCCAGUGCCUUCCAUGACGUAUGGUCGAGUCGAUCGAGGACACGAAUACCCACAUCGAAUCAAUCGCGAAAAGGUAUGCAUUGAUUGGUGUAUGAAGAGUUGUGCGAUGGGUCGCGACUGUCCUCUGCGACAUCCUCCGCCAGAAGACGUGGGAGGAAUCCUUGAAUCAUUUCGGCGGAAAAGCUGCCACCAUGGAAAGGAGUGCAAACGCUCAAAUUGCCCAUACCGGCACCCAGGCGACUCUCGCCGAACGCCAAAAGACAGAAGGUCAUAGACUCGUGGCAGUGAGGAUCCAACGCGUCAGCGGAAAAA